UGAUAAUACGAUAAUUUUCUUUCUCCACAUUCAUCAAAGCAGUUGACAUUCAUUUCAUGCAACUUUAUUUUGUUAAAUUUCUUUGUCUGAUUAGAUUUCAGACAGGACACAGGAUGUUAUCUGCAAGAACGUGGAAGCUUGAACGAUACGCCAAGCAGGUGAAAGAAUGGAGUCACACUGUCGCCACCCCUCAAGAACCAGUGACACUGUCCAUCUUAAAUGAUCACAAACUUAUCGUUGCUCAAGGCACCACAAAAAUCCACGAAUCUCUCAUGCUGUGGGAGUCAACCACGUGGAUUAAGGGGGUCAGAAAAGGAGCUGCUAUUCUCCUCAUGAUAAAAAGUCCUCUGAGUGAUUCAGUAAGAAAGAUAAGGUUUAAAUUCCUUCCAGAUAACGAAGGCACUGCUGAUGCACAGGCAAUAGAAUGUGCCACAUGUUUAAACGCAUACUUUAAAUUCGAGAAGGAGUACACUAAGGAGGCGUUCUCUCAGUUUCAGCAAGAUCCACUACAAGGGACGGGCAAGAAGCUCCUCGUAUCUGAUAUGAGUAAGAUGAUGCUGAAUGGUGAUGUGACCGAGUUGUUGGGUGAACUUUACUCCAAAACAGUGUUCCCCAAGGAGCAGAUUCGGCACAUGUUGACUUUGUGUCUGUCAGAUCCAAACUUCCCGGGCUUUGUUGCUGAAGUGGAGAAACUUCUAAAACAGAUGAACAGCCAGACAUCAACUCAGAGGGCUUCUCAGUGAGUAAUGAACUUGUUUGUACAUUUCACCUCUCAUUGCUGCAUUAUUUUUAUUGCAGUAGUAGAAACUAUUAAUCUGUUCUUUACGUAUCACUAU